AUGAUGGCGAGGGAGAAGACCCAGCUCAUCAUCAGACAAGAACCUCAGAAGGCGCAGGUUGUCCAGGAGAACAAUCCGAAGAAUCGAAAGCCUGUCGACCCUCCUCCCAUCAUCGAACUCAAGUAUGACGACCGCGGUGAUCCGCAGAACAGCCAGUGGCUGGUCAGUCCGAGGACGUUCAUGAUGGUGACUCUGAUUAACAGCAAAGAGCCGGAGGACACUUCAGUUGGAAAAUAUCUGAUUGGUCAGACCGUCUCUUCGUUGCACCGAUUGAAAGACAUCACCAACAAAGGUAAGCUGCGCCAGAUGCAGAUUGGAGUCGUGCUCUUCGGAUGCAUGAUUGACGGCUCCACGAAGAGCUGAAUGUCGACGAAUUUCUAACGUUGAACAGAUGGUGGCUUCUUCGUAUUUGGCGACAUAUCCGCCCGAAAGCUCGGCACCUAUCGAUUGCGUUUCAGUCUCUUCGACACGGCAAAGUUCGUUACUCUCGCCAUGAACGUGAGAUGGAUCGCUGACUAGUGGUAGGGAUACUGAGGAGGUCGUGUUUAUGAACUCCGUCGAUUCGCAGCCCUUCCAAGGUACGCCACCUUUCCGCUUCUUCACCCGUUGAUGCUGACGUGCGUAGUGAUGGCGCAACGAGACUUUGGCAGCAUGUCCGAAUCAACACACUUGACCCGCACUUUCUCGGACCAGGGCGUGAAACUCCGUGUUCGGAAGGACAACCGUGCAAUCUCUGGGUGAGUUUAGAACACGUAGACCGGGGAGUCUGGCUCUAAUUUGAUAUUCUAGAAUCGGGACCAAGCGAUCAUACAACGCCUCCCCACCGGAUAGUUCUUCGCCUUCGAUACAAUCAAAUAUGUACGGCGGAGCUGUCCAGGACAGCUACUCGGCGCAAACUCCAGCCGCGAAGCGCCAACGCUCAGGCAGUGAAUAUGAAAGCGCACAUGUAUACCAAGGCAUGCCUGGUGACCAUGCUCUCUCGCCUUACGGCGGUACAAUACCUAAUGGCACACGAUAUGGAGGCGGCAUCGAUCAACAGCGCGUUCAGAACAGCUACAGCCAUCAUCCGUCGAAUCUUAGUAUGCCAAUGAUGAGCCGACAGCAACCCAUGAGUGUGCAGACCCCAAGCUGGCAUAGUAUACAUUCGCAGAGCGCGCUGCCCUCUCCCACGCCGAGCAUUGGAAACCAACAACAGCCCUCCUACCAAAGCGCGACGUCGCAGUCGCAAUCUUCCUCGAUAUUCGGCGAUCCCGGAUCAGCAAGCUCGUUGCCCAGGAGUUAUUACAACAACAGUUACCCGUAUCAGUCACAAGGUCAGUAUCAGGGACAAGAUACAGCAGGUGAUCCCCAUGCCUUUUCAGAUCUUCAGCUCUCCGGCAGUACCCUUCCCGGGUCUGGGGGCAUGAGUUCUGCACCAAACCCAGGAUACGGACACGGAUAUCUACAGACAGGCAGCAUGUAUGCCACGGAGCCAGGGGAGGUCCAAGGCGCCUACGCGUAUAUGGAUCCACCAGACCAGAAAUUCUGA